CGGUGACGAACUGUGUCUGAAAUUCAACUCCCUCCUCUUUCUCUUACGAUAAAAAGUUACCCACUUUUAUUAACCUACAUUAACAAUGACAUCUAAUUUCAAGGUCGUCCAAGAGGUUGAUGUCAAUGGCCACAAGAUCACCAAGUUCAGAUCCAACAAGUCAGGCCUUAGUGUUGUUCAUGUCGACAACGAAGGACCUAUUGUCAAUGGAUAUUUCACUCUGGCCACUGAAUCUUUCGAUGAUGACGGAUGUCCUCACACUCUCGAGCACUUUGUAUUCCUUGGGAGCGAGCUGUACCCAUUUAAGGGAGUGCUUGAUGGUCUUGCCAACCGAGCCCUUGCAAACGGAACCAAUGCCUGGACUGACGUUGACCACACUGCCUAUACUAUCGCCACUGCAGGAAGUGAAGGAUUCUUGAACAUCAUGCCAAUUUAUAUCGAUCAUAUCCUCUAUCCCACAAUGACUGAGGCCGCAUAUUACACUGAGGUGCACAACAUCAACGGUGAUGGCGAGGACGCUGGUGUUGUUUAUUGCGAGAUGCAAGGGCGUGAAAAUAGCGCUAGCUCCAUUAUGGAACUUUGUCGCCAGCGCACUAUGUACCCUGAAAGCUCUGGGUACCGCUACGAAACCGGUGGUCUCAUGGCCAACCUGCGAUCCCUCAAGGCCGAAAAGAUUCGCCAAUAUCAUCGUGACUACUAUCGCCCCGACAAUCUGUGCCUUAUCAUCUCUGGACGUGUAGACCAUCAAAAGUUGUUGGACGCUCUUGGUCCCGUUGAAGAGCGAAUUCUUUCUAAGGGACCACUUCCUCCCAUGAAGCGUCCUUGGGUGGAUUCUCCACAAGCGCCGCUUUUGAAUGAAACUACCAAAACCACUGUUACCUUCCCUUCGGAGGAUGAGGACAUGGGCGAGGUUGCCAUCAAUUGGUUUGGUCCUCCAAUCACUGACUUCUUGACUUUCCAAGCGCUGGAUAUCCUUGAAACCUAUCUAACAGACUCUGCCGUCGCUAUCUUGAAGAAGGAGAUGGUCGAGAUUGAGGACCCUUACUGCACAUCUGUUGACUUUCAAACUCAACACCGCAUUCGUGCAGAGAUCCACCUUUCUUUUGAGAAUGUUCCUACAGAGAAGCUUGAGGAAGUUGAACCAAAAUUUUUCUCGAUCAUUGAGAAGAUUGUUCAGGAUGGAUUCGACAUGGACCGCAUGGCUGCUGUUAUCAAGCGCGAAAAGCUUAAGCUUCUGGAUCGCCUCGAAACUGAUCACAUGAGUUUAGCAUGGCCAUGCCUAGUUCACUUCCUGUAUGGAAAAUCAGAUGAUAGCGAUCUCGCAGAAUUUGUGAAUGACUUAGAUAAUUUGGAUGCCGUUGCUAAAUUCGACAAUGCAACCUGGGUCAAGUAUCUGCAGGAGUACUUCAUCAACUCCAAGAGAGCUACUAUCAUUGGUAAACCCUCUGCUGCACACGCAGAAAAACUAGCCGCAGAUGAGGCCAAGCGUAUUCAAGAACAACGCGAGCGCCUAGGUGAGAAGAGACUCAAAGAACUGGAAGAAGAGCUUCAGAAGCAUAGAGCCCAAAAUGAUAUUCCAGUUCCUACAGAGAUAUUUGACAACUUCCCCAUCCCUGAUGUGAAGGGAAUUGAAAUGAUCGAGGUUGUUUCUGGCCGUAGCCAACCUGAAUCUCAGUUCAACAAUGCCGUUCAGACGCAUUUGGACAAUGACUCCGCCAAGCUUUCUUAUUUUAUCGAGUUUGAUCACAUCAAGUCCGAGUUUGUUGAGCUUACUCUCUUCCUCACUUCAACAGACCUUCCCGCACGCUUGCGCCCAUAUUUGGACAUAUACUUUGAAUCCUUCUUCUCUCUCCCCUUGAUUGACCCCAUUUCAGGCCAUGAAAUCCCUUUUGAGCAGGUUGUUAAGAUGUUGGACAAUGAUACUAUCAGCAAAGGGUGCGGGGUUGGUGUCAACCAAUUAUUCCGCCAGUUAGCAUUGGUCAUUCUCAAGAUAGAGCGCACCAAAUAUUAUGAAGGCAUUGCCUGGCUAAACAAAAUGACUUGGCACACUCGUUUUGACGUGGAUCGUCUGAAGGUCAUUACCACCAAACUACUGAACGACAUCCCUGGUCAAAAACGUGAUGGAUCUAGGAUGGCUCGAGCAUGUAUGGAUGUUCUCGCGUACGACUACGAAAAGUCCAAUAUCUCAGCUCUGAACGUGCUCAAGCAGGCUAAAUUCUUACCUGAAGUUAUCAAACAAUUAGAGCAUGAGCCAGAGACUGUCAUCAAAGCCCUCAACGAGCUUCGUGAGAUCUUGACACAUCCUGCCAACAUCCAUAUCCAGGUUCAAGGCGACAUUCUGAAGCAACCUCAGCCAAAGACAGCAUGGUUAAAGUACUUUGGGCUAAAGAACGGAUCUGGUACCCCUGCUACACUUGCCCCUAUUCCAUUUUCCAGUCAGGUUUGGAGCGCUGCGGGCCAAACCCCUGGCAAUAAGGGUUAUGUUGUCAAUAUGCCCUCAAUCGAGAGCUCCUUUGCUUCUCAUGUCACACAUGGUCCUACUGACUUUUUAGAUCCUGACUAUGCUGCCCUCUUGGUCCUUUCUGAGUGUCUCGAUACUCUAGAGGGACCCUUUUGGAAGCAGCUCCGUGGAAGCGGUGCUGUUUAUGGAGCCAACCUUCGUGUUGACGUAGAGGCCGGCUUUCUUACAUUCACCAUCUACCGCUCACCAGACGCGCUGCGCGCCUUCAGCUUGGCAUAUAAAAUCGUAGAAGAUUAUGCUUCUGGUAAAUCCAGAUUCACCAAGCAGGAGCUUGAAGGUGCCAAGGCCAGUAUCGUGUACAGAAUCGUCCGAAAGGAGGAAACUAUCUCAGGCGCGGCCACAGAAGCUUUCGUGAAUCAAGUCCUCAAAAAGGUCUCUUCUAACUACAACAAGGAGUUCUUGGAGCGUGUUCAACGCGUCACCCCUGAACAAUUGCAGCAUGCGAUGGAUAAGUACCUGAGCAAGGUCUUCCGUCCAGACACCUCACUAGUCGUUGUCACCAGUGCUUCUACCAAGGUUAAGGAUAUCUCAGAGGGUUUCAAGAAAUUAGGAUUUUCGCUUGAAACUAGAAACAUUGAUGACAUUUAAAGUUUAGAAGGAUUUGUAUAGGACAGAUUUCUAGAAAACCUCUGCUAUGUGAUCUCGUAUUUACAGUAACGAUUGAAUGAAAGCGCUGAAUGAACAC